AUGCCUCCCUUCCCGAAGUCCGUCGCUGGGGACUCCAAGUCAGUUCUCUGGCUCCUCCAGUCCUUCACCAUUGGCAAGGAGCAGAAGACUACAGGUUCUACGUACCUCUUUCUGGACCGCGCAAACGCUGAAUUCGGCUUUGUUGAUAGCACGUCCUUCGGCAAUAUUGCCUCUGUUCAGCGCCUUCCAGAAACCGGUGAGCCUAUGUACUUCCAGGCCAAGACCGCUCGCGCAGCAGCCUGGCGGGACAAGAGCAAGAAAGUAUCGAUCCUGUUUCAGCAUCUACAGAUAGAUUUGGAGUUUGUGUUGCCGUACCAAGCUCGCGGCUUUCUCGAUAUCCUGGAGGACAUUGCGACAGCAGCUGGCAACCACUUCUUCUACAGCUAUGAAAUUCCACAAAAGGUCGCGUUCGUCAAGGCCGACUUCGACAUGGAACAGCAGGGCUUCACGAGCCGAGCUCCGCAGCCUUGGAUGGCGGUCCCUACUGAUUCGUCUGAGUGGCCUCGUCUACGGAAGACGGGCGAAUGGUCAGACUUCACCGUUUUCGCAGGUGGCAGCCAAUUCCGCGUCCAUCGCGUCAAGCUUUGCAAAGAGUCAUACUACUUCAGAGCAGUAUGCAGCGGCGGCUUCUCCGAGACCGCAAAGCAAUCCAUCGAACUCCCAGAGUCAGCACAAGUCAUCUCCAUUCUCCUAGAUGAGAUGUACGGUGUCUACAACACCACCACUGGUUCCAUUUUCACCAACUUCGCUCUUCGUAUGGAAAUUGAGAAAGAGCUCAUGAUGAACCAACUCCUGGAUCUCUUCAUCGCCGCGGACAAGUACAACCUCGAGAACAUCAAGCGCCGCGCGGCCGAAGCCAUCGUCGACCGCCUACCCUUCAUCACCGACCCGCUCAUGAUCGUCGACCUCGCAACAUGCAUCUACCACGAGCAAUGCCCAGAGAACGACCGCGGACUGCGCAAGGCUAUCAUCGAGUGCGUGAGGAUGAGGAUGCCUGCUAUACUCGAGGAUGAGAGUGCGUGGGAGGAGUUCUCGGAGAACAAGAACGUACUGAAGGCCUUCCACAUGUCGCAAUGUGAGGCGGUUGAGGGUGGUGGUAUGAUUGGGUGGGGAGGCGGAGGUAAUAUGAUGACACCGCCUGCUACGCCUAGGUAG